ACAUUGACCGCGCUCUGCGCGCCAAUGCCCGCCUUGUGUCCAAUUUCUUUCUGGAGUUCAGACUCAACUAGUUGACCUUCUCUACGAUUGCAUUCGAUUCGGCUACGAGCAAUCACAAUGACCACCCGCCCCAAGUCAGCCUUGAUCGAAAGUGAAUCUGGGCUCCAAGAAUUUCUCCCUGUGUUAUCUCAAUCCAGUGGGUUAUACUUUGACAUCGAGGGAUUCAAUCUAAGUCGCCAUGGGACUAUCGCCAUCAUCAGUAUUCUCGCACAUCCAUCAAACCAAGUCCAGCUCAUCGAUGUCUCGACACUGGGUGCCCUAGCCUUUAGCACAGCGUCAGAGGACGGCAAGACUCUUCGGUCUAUCUUGGAAGACCACAGCAUUCGCAAGUACAUCUGGGAUGUACGCAACGAUGCUGACGCCUUGUGGUUCCACUACGGAGUCAGCCUUGGCGGCAUUACCGACCUCCAGCUGCUCGAGAACGCCUCGAGGCCAGACGACAAAACAUACGUUCGUGGCCUUGACAAGUGUGUCCAGUAUGACCUGAAACUCGGGUUCAUGGAGACAAACCGCUGGCUGCAGACAAAACAAGAUACCAGGAAACUCAUGCACACGUACACCAACCUCUUCUCCAUCCGCCCGAUGGACCCCAAGACAGCAGAGUAUUGUCAGAAUGAUCUUGUAUAUCUGCCGGCUCUACGUGAGAUGUAUAUGGCGCGUAUCAAGCCUGAGUGGCUUGCGAAAGCCGAAAAGGAGAGUGCACACCGCGUUGCUCAAGCACAAUCCGCCGAAUACGACCCGCAGUCUGAAAGGAAGAAGCUGGGACCGUGGGGCUCGGGUGGAAAUAAGCGUAUCCUGACGUUCGAACAGAUGUGCGAGAUGGAGGAAGAGGCGCGCGAAGAGGCUAUCGAAAGAGAUAUGUUUGGGUAUGACGAUGACUUGGGAAACCUUGAUGAUGAUCUUGGAUGGGACUAAGAGGGCUCCGGCGAUUACGAAGAUUGGGGCGCUUUAGACAGCGACUGGGACAGGCAUUAGUUUUUUUUAUUUUAUCAAGUACAUGGCAUGCUAUUCAUUCCUCUUACUGGUUGGAACACGUUAGCAAGCGUCGAGUACUGCUUUGCAGGAGCUACAUUGUUGCAAUGCCGCUGGCACAGCUCUACACGCAAUCCUGAGGGCAACACAUGA